AGCGUCAGGGUUUUUUUGUAUUUUACCUUCCCCCCUUUCUCCUGCCUGGGUAGGGAAGGGGAAGUGACGUACAUCCGGUGUAAUGGCGGCGCGGUGGAGUUCCAGGUGACCCUUGCAGACAGAAAAAGUAAACUGUCAGACAGUUCAUACCAUUUGGUACUUGUUAUUUGGACGAGCUGAUUUAUAGGAUCCGUUGGCAACAGAAGAUGAAAAGUAGUGUGGCACAGAUAAAACAUUCUUCAGGUCAUGACAGAAGGGAAAACAGUAAUUCAUAUCAGAGGACCGUCUCUCCAGAGGAUAGACAUGCAGAACCAGAAAGAUCCCCUCGGGAUAGAGAUUACUUCGAUUACAGCAGGUCAGAUUAUGAGCGUUCAAGAAGAGGACGUUCUUAUGAUGGUAGCAUGGAGUCACGAAGUAGGGACCGAGAAAAACGCAGAGAAAGAGAGAGAGAUGUGGAACGGAAAAGGUCCCGGAAAUCCCCAUCCCCUGGGAGAAGAAGCCCAGAACCACUGGUAACCCGGAGCUCCUCUGCUCAGGAUGAACCUACUGCAAAGAAGAAGAAAGAUGAACUGGAUCCUCUUCUUACUCGUACUGGUGGAGCAUAUAUUCCUCCUGCAAAGCUCAGGAUGAUGCAAGAACAGAUUACAGAUAAAAACAGCUUAGCAUACCAGAGGAUGAGUUGGGAAGCCCUAAAGAAGUCAAUCAAUGGUCUUAUCAACAAAGUCAACAUUUCUAAUAUAGGUAUUAUUAUUCAAGAACUUCUUCAAGAAAACAUAGUUAGAGGAAGAGGCCUGUUGUCCAGAUCUGUUUUGCAAGCACAAAGUGCUUCUCCAAUCUUCACCCAUGUUUAUGCAGCAUUAGUUGCGAUUAUCAACUCAAAAUUUCCACAAAUUGGAGAAUUAAUCCUCAAGAGAUUAAUUCUUAAUUUUCGAAAAGGCUAUCGAAGAAAUGAUAAGCAACUUUGUCUGACUGCUUCAAAAUUUGUGGCACAUCUUAUUAACCAAAAUGUGGCACAUGAAGUUCUGUGUUUAGAGAUGCUUACUUUGCUCCUGGAAAGACCAACAGAUGAUAGUGUUGAAGUAGCUAUUGGUUUUCUUAAGGAAUGUGGACUCAAAUUAACACAAGUGUCACCAAGAGGAAUCAAUGCUAUAUUUGAACGCCUUCGAAACAUCCUUCAUGAGUCUGAAAUUGACAAAAGAGUUCAGUAUAUGAUUGAAGUGAUGUUUGCUGUAAGGAAAGAUGGCUUCAAAGACCACCCUGUUACCCUAGAAGGACUUGACUUAAUAGAAGAAGAUGAUCAGUUCACCCACAUGCUCCCUCUGGAAGAUGACUAUAAUCCAGAAGAUGUUCUUAAUGUUUUCAAGAUGGAUCCUAAUUUCAUGGAGAAUGAAGAGAAAUACAAAGCUAUUAAGAAGGAAAUUCUCGAUGAAGGAGAUAGUGACUCAAACACAGACCAAGAUGCUGAAAGUAGUGAAGAGGAAGAGGAAGAAGAAGAGGAAGAGGGAGAAGAAGAUGAAGAAGGACAAAAGGUGACUAUUCAUGACAAGACAGAAAUUAAUCUAGUCUCAUUUCGUCGUACAAUUUAUCUUGCUAUUCAGUCAAGUUUAGAUUUUGAAGAAUGUGCUCACAAAUUGCUGAAAAUGGAAUUUCCUGAAAGUCAAACAAAAGAACUCUGCAACAUGAUACUUGACUGCUGUGCUCAACAAAGAACAUACGAAAAAUUUUUUGGCUUAUUAGCUGGGCGAUUUUGCAUGCUAAAGAAAGAGUACAUGGAAUCCUUUGAGAGUAUAUUUAAAGAACAGUAUGAUACCAUCCAUCGUUUGGAAACAAACAAAUUGAGGAAUGUUGCUAAGAUGUUUGCUCAUCUUUUGUACACUGAUUCACUUCCAUGGAGUGUUCUUGAAUGUGUAAAGCUGAGUGAAGAAACCACCACGUCCUCCAGUAGAAUUUUUGUUAAAAUAUUUUUCCAAGAACUGUGUGAAUACAUGGGUCUUCCUAAACUUAAUGCAAGAUUAAAGGAUGAAACCCUACAGCCAUUCUUUGAAGGGUUAUUACCCCGAGAUAAUCCCAGAAAUACUCGGUUUGCCAUCAACUUUUUUACUUCUAUAGGUCUUGGAGGUUUAACGGAUGAAUUACGUGAGCAUCUCAAAAAUACACCAAAGGUUAUUGUGCCGCAGAAACCAGAAGUUGAGCCCGAUAAAUCCUCUUCUUCCUCGUCCGCAUCCUCCUCUGCAGGGUCCGACUCCUCUGCGUCCGACUCGGACAGCAGUGACAGCAGUUCAGAGUCUUCCAGCGAGGGGAGCGACUCUUCAUCAGCCAGUAGUCAGAGCUCUGCCUCAGCUAAAGCUACAAGAAAGAAGGGACAAGGCAACGCCAGAAGUAAAGAAGUAGAUAAAUUGGUCAGGAAACAACAAAUAAAUGAUAGGAAACAAGAUGAAAGAAGGUCAGAGCCAAGGCACCAAGAAACAAGGACUGAAAGAGAAAGAAGAUCAGAAAAACUCAGAGAUAAAAAUUCAAGGGAUCCAAAUUGGAGAGAUUCCAUGACAAAAUACACUUCAGACAGAGGCGUUCCUUCUGAACGAAAUAGUUACAGUAGAGUCACGAAUGACAGAGACCAAGAAACGCACCUUGAUGCGGAAAAUAAGUAUGAUGAUCCCAAAAAGAAGAGAGGAGAAAGAAGAAAUUCUUUUUCUGAAAAUGAGCAUAGACACCGAAAUAAGAACAGCGAAAAUUUUAGAACAAAAGAUAGAUCAAAAUCAAGAGAAAAAAAUAGAAAACAUUCAGACUCUAGGAGCGAUGAAGAUAGGUAUCAGAAUGGUGCCGAUAGGCGAUGGGAAAAAUCUAGCAGAUACUCUGAACAAUCCAGAGAAUCAAAGAGAAAUCAGGACCGGCGAAGAGAGAAGUCUCCAACAAAGCAAAAAAAAUAACUACACAAAAUUACAAAACUCAACAUGCCUUAUAUUCAGUGCAAACAAAUUAUUUUUUACAUUGAUCAAUGAACUUCGUAAGAAUUCUUGUAUAAAGUACUGGUUUGUAUUGUACAUUUAAAAAAUGUUUUCAUUUUAACAUGGUUUAUAUAAUUGAUCCGUUUCAAGGCCCUCCACAUAAAAUUAUUUGAAGAGAAAAGUUUCACUGGAGAGGGAUGUACUUCUUGCAUAUAUUUUGUUAAUAAAAUGAUUAAAUACAUUUACUGAAUCAGUGAUUUUUUUUCAUUGAUAAAAAUUUUUUUUCUGAUGAUAAUGUUUCCUAGUUGUCAUAAAAGUAUUAUAGUGAAUUAUUACCGGCUUUUUAUUUGUAACUGAAGACCAAAAUAAGUGAAUUGUUUCAAUGUAACAUUUUUGCUUUGUGAAUGAGAUACUAUGAACUUUCUUUGGGAGUCACCUUUUUUUUUUUAAAUAGCGCAGUUAUUUCAAGUUUCAUAUUUUGUCUUGAACAAAAAAGGUAUAUAUGGUUGUUUUCCACAAGUGUUUUGGUGAAGUUGGGUGUAUUUUAGUCUUUAAACAGAUACACAGCUAUAUUAUUUAUAAUUAAAACUUCUCUCAUAACAUUUCUUCUUUCUGGACUGCUAAAUUUUAAUGUUUAAUUGAAAUUCUUUGUGACUAGUGCUUUUUUCAACCUUGAAGUUAUUGUUGGUGAAAUAUAUUUUUAAUUUUUUAUUUGCAUUAAUACAGAAUUGGAAAACAAACAGUCAUGAGAAAUGUCAACAACCUAACUGAAAUAAUUCCAAUUUUUAUAAGAAUUUUAAGAGUUUCCAUCAUUGUAAUUCUCACCAAAUAUUAUGCGACCAUAUUAUUAUCACUUUUUAAAUAAAACAUUGCCACUGAAAUUUUAGAUUUGUUGGCAGACAUUCAACCCUACUUCUUAAUAGGCUACUGUGCUCGUUCACUUAUUUAAAAGUUUAUAAAAUCCAUUUUACCCUGUGUCUGGCUUCCAGAAUAAUGGGACCACCAUCUUCAUGUCUGACUUUCAGGCAUACUCUUGAUUCGAAAUGUUUUCUGUUUUUGUUGUUUAAAAUAAAAGCUUUAGUAUAAGUAAAAAUAAAGUCCAUGGAAGUAAAGAAGCAUCCUCUCCUCCUCCGGUCCUCCUGCCCUCCCCCCAUCCUACUUAUUUGGGGUUUUUGUUCCUCACUGUGUUUACUGUUAACAAAAGCAGUCAACAGAACACCUGUAGUUACCUUCAAGCAGAAGUGUUUGAGUGUAAGUGACUUGUGUUGGGACACAGGGACUAAGCUGUAGAGUGCAGAAUGGGACCAUUCUGCCUUCAUGACACAUUUCUACAGCAUCCAACAAUCAAGCACAAUGUGUUCACAUGCACUGGCUUCCAGUCGGGCAGCUUUUUCACUUAAGUCCUUUUAAUAUGCAGAUAAGAAACAGGUUGCCUGCAUUUCUGAUUUUUUACUUUUUAGGAUUAGCAUUCUAAAGGAUCAGCUGAGUUCCAGAUAUUUUGCAUACACUUCUCAUUCUUUUUCAGCUUCUCAACUUCCUUGCCUCCAACAUUUCUCUAUCCCUACUACAUUCUUAGCCCUUAACUCCCAGGGUUACCUCCUUUACGUUGACUUCCCAAUCUACACCCCUGUAAGCAUCACAUUUUGACCACUCCCCAUCCAGCUCAGCUGCUCUGGUACUGCCACCCUCGGACUCUUUCUCAUGCUGUCAAAACUUCAAAUGUAUUGACUUUGUUUUCAUUACUUCCCCUCCCCCAUUUCUGUACUUCUGUGG